AGCCGCCCCCGCAGACGAAGGAGAGCCGGCUGCGCGCCGCCCGCAGCGGCCGCCCGCAGCCGCCGCCCACCGCGCCCUACGAGGCCAACCACAAGCCCCCGCCCUUCGACACCGCGCUGGAAGGCGACGACCCUGCUAAGAUCAAGCAGCCCGAAAACCCGUUCAUCGAGACCCAGCCGCAAACGGUCGUCGACAUGAAGGAUGUGAUGGUUCUCAAUGACAUCAUUGAGCAGGCGGCGGGGCGAGCAAGUCGAGCGAGUGAGCAUGGAGUGUCCAUCUACUACUUCCCCACAGAAGACGAUGAGGAGGGCCCAACCCUCAAAGAAAAAGUUCUAGAAGUAUGUAUGAGGGGCAUCGACAUAUUCUGCGUAUGGGACUGCUGUUGGCUGUGGCUCAAGUUUCAAGAAUACGUGUCUUUACUGGUGUUUGACCCUUUUGUGGAACUUUUCAUCACACUUUGCAUUGUGGUCAACACCUUGUUUAUGGCUCUGGAUCAUCAUGACAUGAACAAGGAAAUGGAAAAGGCAUUGAAAAGUGGCAAUUAUUUCUUCACAGCAACAUUUGCAAUUGAAGCAACACUCAAGUUGAUUGCAAUGAGCCCAAAGUACUACUUCCAGGAAGGGUGGAACAUCUUCGAUUUCAUCAUUGUGGCCCUUUCCCUUCUGGAGCUGGGGUUGGAAGGUGUGCAGGGUCUGUCAGUGUUGCGAUCCUUCCGAUUGCUCCGAGUGUUCAAACUGGCUAAAUCAUGGCCCACUCUCAACUUGCUGAUAUCUAUUAUGGGUAGAACAGUGGGUGCUUUGGGUAACUUGACCUUUGUGCUGUGUAUUAUCAUCUUCAUUUUUGCUGUCAUGGGCAUGCAGUUGUUUGGCAAGAAUUACACAGACAAUGUGGAUCGCUUCCCUGAUGGAGAUUUGCCUCGCUGGAAUUUCACUGACUUCAUGCACUCUUUCAUGAUUGUAUUCCGCGUGCUGUGUGGAGAAUGGAUUGAAUCCAUGUGGGAUUGCAUAUUAGUGGGGGAUUGGUCAUGCAUUCCAUUCUUCUUGGCUACUGUUGUCAUUGGAAACUUGGUUGUUCUGAACCUUUUCUUGGCCUUGCUGCUCAGCAACUUUGGUUCCUCCAAUUUGUCUGCUCCAUCUACAGACAAUGACACCAAUAAGAUUGCAGAGGCGUUUGACAGAAUAUCCCGUUUUAUCAACUGGGUGAAACGUAACAUGCUAAAUCUGGCUAAGUUGAUGCGUGCUAAGCUAACCAAUCAGAUUUCCGAUCAGACGCCAGUUCCAGGGAAGUGGGUUGACAUGAGGAGCGUUGUAUGUCCUACAGAUGCCCACGAGAGAGACACUGACCUGGAACUGACCGCAGAUGAUACAAUCGUUGCGGAUGGUAUGGUGUUCCGUGACAAAAAGAGUCCUAAAGAGCAAACUCAAUUGGAAGUGGCCAUAGGGGACGGAAUGGAAUUUACCAUUCAUGGUGAUCUAAAAAAUAAAAUGAAAAAGCAAGGGAAAAUGAUGAUGAACAACACAAAAGUUAUUGGUAACUCCAUCAACCAUCAAGACAAUAGGAUAGACAAUGAAUACCUAAAAAAUCAGCCUGAUGAAGAUACAAUUAGUAAUAAGUCCUAUGGCAGUCACAAAAACCGUCCGUAUAAUGAUCUAAGCCACAAAGGAAGUGCAGACACAUUAGAUGGUGAGGAAAAGCGAGAUGCCAGCAAAGAAGAUCUUGAGCAAGAAGGAGACUUGGAAGACGACGAAGCAGCUGAUGAAGCACCAGUUGGUGCACCAGUGGAGAUGGAUGGUGGUUCUGAGGGAGAUGGUGAACCUUCAGAUUGUUGCCCUGACCCAUGUUACAAGAGAUUCCCUUUCCUUGCUGGGGAUGAUGACUCACCCUUCUGGCAAGGAUGGGGAAAUCUUAGACUGAAGACCUUUCAGCUCAUUGAAAACAAGUACUUUGAAACAGCUGUUAUCACCAUGAUCCUGCUGAGCAGUCUUGCUUUGGCGUUAGAAGAUGUGCACUUACAACAUCGGCCAAUCCUUCAAGAUAUUUUAUACUAUAUGGACAGAAUCUUCACAGUCAUCUUUUUCUUAGAGAUGUUAAUAAAGUGGUUGGCACUUGGUUUCAAGAAAUAUUUCACAAAUGCAUGGUGCUGGCUGGAUUUCAUUAUUGUAAUGCUGUCUCUGAUAAACCUCGCGGCCAUAUGGGCCGGAGCUGCUGAUAUCCCUGCCUUCCGCUCGAUGCGCACUUUGCGUGCCCUGAGGCCCUUGCGUGCUGUGUCACGCUGGGAGGGAAUGAGAGUAUCGCUCAUAAACUUCGUUGCCUCGUUGCUUGGGGCUGGAGGCAUUCAGGCCUUCAAAACCAUGCGGACCCUCAGGGCUCUUAGGCCGCUUAGAGCUAUGUCUAGAAUGCAGGGGAUGAGGGUUGUGGUGAAUGCCUUGGUACAAGCCAUUCCCUCUAUCUUCAAUGUGUUGUUGGUGUGCCUCAUUUUCUGGCUUAUUUUUGCCAUCAUGGGUGUUCAACUUUUUGCAGGGAAGUAUUUCAAGUGCCAAGAUGAGAAUGAAACAUCUGUGAGUCAUGAGAUCAUUCCAGAUCGCAAUGCUUGUGUGGCGGAAAACUACACGUGGGUAAAUUCACCAAUGAAUUUUGACCAUGUGGGCAAAGCGUAUCUGUGCCUCUUCCAAGUGGCCACCUUUAAAGGGUGGAUCCAGAUCAUGAAUGAUGCAAUUGACUCUAGAGAGGUGGAUAAGCAACCUAUUCGAGAAGUCAAUAUUUAUAUGUAUUUGUAUUUUGUAUUCUUUAUCAUCUUUGGAUCUUUCUUCACACUCAAUCUGUUCAUUGGUGUGAUCAUUGACAAUUUUAAUGAACAGAAGAAAAAGAUAAGAGGGUCGCUAGAAAUGUUCAUGACAGAAGACCAGAAGAAAUACUAUAAUGCAAUGAAGAAGAUGGGCUCGAAGAAGCCAUUGAAAGCUAUUCCACGCCCCAGGUGGAAGCCACAGGCCAUAGUGUUUGAGAUAUGCACCAACAAGAAGUUUGACAUGAUCAUCAUGUUGUUCAUUGGGUUCAACAUGUUGACCAUGACACUCGACCACUACCAGCAGACCCAAAGCUUCAGCGACGUUCUCGACUGCCUUAAUAUGAUCUUCAUUGUAAUCUUCAGUUCAGAAUGUCUCAUGAAAAUCUUUGCACUUCGUUACCAUUACUUCAAGGAACCAUGGAACUUAUUUGACUUUGUGGUGGUUAUCUUAUCUAUAUUGGCUUGUAUGCAAAGGCUCUCCCAACUCAAAGCAGUGUGCGAGCUACUUGAUGAUGUCAUCGGUAUAGAUGCUAAGGGACAUAGAAAUGUCAAAAAGAUAUUUUCUUUGGAGUUUUUGCAAACGGAGGAAGGUGCAGAUCCUGACUGCCUGGUGCUGAGCGACAUCAUCGAGAAGUACUUCGUGUCGCCGACGCUGCUGCGCGUGGUGCGCGUGGCCAAGGUGGGCCGAGUGCUGCGCCUGGUGAAGGGCGCGAAGGGCAUCCGCACGCUGCUGUUCGCGCUGGCCAUGUCGCUGCCGGCGCUCUUCAACAUCUGCCUGCUGCUCUUCCUCGUCAUGUUCAUCUUCGCCAUCUUCGGCAUGUCUUUCUUCAUGAACGUCAAGGAGAAGAGCGGCAUCGACGACGUGUACAACUUCCAGACGUUCGGACAGUCCAUGAUCCUGCUUUUCCAGAUGUCGACGUCAGCUGGUUGGGACGGCGUGCUGGACGGCAUCAUCAACGAGGAGGACUGCCAGCGGCCCAACAACGAGAUCGGCUCCCCCGGCGACUGCGGCUCCGCCACUAUCGGCAUCACCUUCCUGCUCUCCUACCUCGUCAUCAGUUUCCUCAUCGUCAUCAAUAUGUACAUCGCUGUCAUCUUGGAGAACUAUUCGCAGGCCACGGAGGACGUGCAGGAGGGGCUGACGGACGACGAUUACGACAUGUACUACGAGAUCUGGCAGAACUUCGAUCCCGACGGCACGCAGUACAUCCGCUACGACCAGCUGUCCGACUUCUUGGACGUGCUGGAGCCGCCCUUGCAGAUCCACAAGCCGAACAAGUACAAGAUCGUGUCGAUGGAUAUCCCCAUCUGCAAGGGCGACCUCAUGUUCUGCGUGGACAUCCUGGACGCGCUCACCAAGGACUUCUUCGCGCGGAAGGGCAACCCCAUCGAGGAAACGGGGGAGCUGGACGAGGUGAAGGCGCGGCCCGACGAGGUGGGCUACGAGCCCGUGUCGUCCACGCUGUGGAGGCAGCGCGAGGAGUACUGCGCGCGGCUCAUCCAAAACGCGUGGCGCAAGCACAAGCAGGCGCGCCUGGGCGGGCCCGGCGAAGACUCGGACGACGCGGGCGGCGACGGCGGCGCCGGCGCGGGCGGCGGGGACGCCCUGCUGCGGGCGGCGGCGCGCCCAGCCCGGCAGCGGGAGCGGCGGACGCCGACGACCCCGCGCGCCAGACCGCCGUGCUCGUGGAACAUUCCUAUUGCACAAGGUCUAGUAGCCUACUCACUGCCCUGUUUCAUGGAUGAACCUAUUGAAAAUCAUGUUUUCAAUAUUUGGUGA